AUGCCGUUUGGUAUCAACAAUCCGCUGCCCUCGUCGAUGAGGAGCGAGUGCAAGAAAGCUGGAAAAAUCCUAGCAUCGUUCGUCGACCCGAGACAAAGCUUUGGCCCCGACAAAGUGAUUCCGCCUCAAAUUCUUGCCAAUGCAAAGGGUCUCGCAGUCCUCACAGUGCUCAAAGCAGGCUUUCUUGGCUCUGGUCGAUUCGGCUCCGGCAUCGUGGUCGCACGAUUAGCAGAUGGCACCUGGUCGGCCCCGUCAGCGAUCGCGACAGCAGGAGGCGGGUUUGGAGGACAAAUCGGCUUUGAGUUGACCGACUUCGUCUUCAUCUUGAACGACUACAAUGCGGUCCGUACAUUCGCGCAGUCGGCGUCAGUCACACUAGGCGGCAAUGUCAGCAUCGCAGCGGGCCCAGUGGGUAGAAACGCAGAAGCCGCAGGCGCGGCCAGCACGAAGGGUGUGGCCGGCAUAUUUGCCUACAGCAAGACAAAAGGAUUGUUCGCGGGCGUCAGCUUGGAAGGCAGCGUCUUGAUUGAGAGGAGAGAUGCCAACGAGAAAAUGUAUAACGGACGGGUGACUGCAGCACAACUCCUGGAUGGGGCGGUCCGGGCCCCUCCAGCUGCGGAUCCAUUGAUGAGAGUGCUGAACACGCGGGUGUUCUCAGGCACGGCAUUCAACGACAACAUGUACAACGACAUGCCGAUCUAUGACGAUCAACAUGACGACCUCGUCUGGGAGGGAAGAACCGGAGCGGCGUACGGGGCGAACGUGCGGAAUAAUCGCUCGGGCACUGUUGGAUCUCGAGACGAAAACUACGAAUACCGUGACAACCCUCGGCGGGCCAACACCUGGCAAGAUGACGUCUACGACCGUCCGCCGGCACGAAACAACGAUCAAUUCGACAGCUACACUAGCAGAAGCCGGUCAAGUACGCUGCAGAACGACUACAGCUACUCAGAUAGCAAACCAACCCGGCCCACGGCACCCAAACCGGUAUUCAGGCAGCGGACAGGAUCCCUUCGACAGGAUCAGGCCGUGGCAUUGUUCACGUUCGACCCGGACCAAGAGGGCGAUCUCGGCUUCAAAAAGGGCGACAUCAUUACCAUCCUCAAACGCACCGAGAACAAGACAGAUUGGUGGACCGGCCGAACAGAAGACGGUCGCACCGGGAUUUUCCCUUCGAAUUACGUGGAGACGGCGUCGUGA